AUGCGUGCAGCUGCUUCGUAGCUCACUUCAUGUCCGUCUGAGUAAAAAACUCAGAUCUUGCGGUUGGUAAGCUUUGUGGCAACUUCAUAACCAAAAACAAUCAUCUCCAUUGAGAAAAAGUAAGCGAGUACAGAGUGAAUCUCUUGCCAUAUAAGGUAUCGAAGAUACGUCUCCGCCGAGUUUCUAAAUUCAACAAAAAUGGAACAGAUAAUUCAGCAGAAAGUUGCAGAAUUAGCAUCUCAUGUUGAGAGGCAGUUGGAUUCUGAGAUAGAGAAAUUGGAUAAUUUGAAUAUCGAUGAUAUUGAAAAAUUACGUGAGAAGCGUUUGCAGGAGAUGAAAAAGAUGCAACAGCAAAAGCAAAUAUGGCUUUCAUUGGGUCAUGGAGAAUAUACAGAAUUGAGCGAAGAAAAAGAAUUUUUCGAUACUUGUAAAAAGUCAGACAAAGUAGUUUGCCAUUUUUACAAAGACGGUACUGAGAGAUGUAAAAUUGUUGACAUGCAUCUGAAAGUAUUGUGUAAAAAACACAUAGAAACACAUUUCAUUAAGUUGAAUGUGGAGAAAUGCCCCUUCUUAACAGGACGUUUGAAGAUAAAAAUUAUUCCCACAAUAGCACUAGUAGUAGACAGCAAAACAAAAGACUAUAUUGUUGGAUUUACAGAUUUAGGUAACUGUGAUGAUUUUUCUACUGAAAUGCUGGAAUGGAGAAUUGCACACUCUGGUGCUAUCAAUUACAAUGGUGACUUAUUAAAUCCACCUGAUGUUACAAAGAUGCAAAAGAAACCAGUAUCAAAGAAAACUAUCCGUGGAGCUGAUUCUGAUGACUCAGAUUCAGAUUAUUAGCGUUAAUUUCUAAUCUUUGCGAAACAUUUGCCUUGUGAUAUAAAGUAUUCACAACAUUUUCUGCUUUCUGCACUACUUAAAUUUCGGUAUUGUAUAGUGAAGGUGUAAAUUUUAAAUUUAAAGUAAUGCUUCUUUUAUAACAUUGUUAUUGAAUAUCCUUUAUAUCUUUUUACACAUAAAAAAAUAUUGCUCUUCAGUUGGGAAUGAUUACAUAGAAUGUAAUUUCAAGUAAACUUCUGCACUUCUGGAAAAUUCAUGGUGUUAUCAAACCUAUUCAACCAGGUUCACUGAAAUAAAAAAAGGAAUUAUGGGUUAUUCUCUGAAAGCAUUGCAAAUUAUGAUAGCAGAAAAAAAUAGAUAUAAAAUAAUUUAAUAACUUUUAUAACAAGACUAUCAUACAAUGAUAAUAAAUUAAAAACAACAAAAUUAAACUUAGAGAAUAAUGCAUACUGCAUUGUUUGAUAUGACACCAUUGCUCCCAUUCUUCUGCUUGUUGAUGCUUUUGUCCCUUUCAUCCCACAAGGUAAGCCCAUCACAAGCACAAAUCUUUUUGGCAUUUUGGAAAAGUCCUGAUGAUCUUGCAAUUAUGCCACAAGCUAAUCUGUUACAAGCAUCAACAAUAUAUGUAAUAAUUAUUUAUAUACUCUUAAGCAAAUCUAUAUUAUACUAUGUAAAAUAAGCUUUAUUUGAAAAAAGUUUGAAUAGAGUUUAUGUUAUGUUCUAUUUUAUUUAUAUAUAAUUAUUCAUAAUUUUUUUUAGUAUUUUGUACUUUAUUUAAAAUUGUUGUAAUAAAAUGACAAAUAUCACUUAA